AAAGUUUUCCGCGCGUUUUGAUUGCAUUUAUCUACGGGUGGAGUCUUUUUGAGACGGGGAAUAUAGCUUCGCUUGCACGUGAACGUCCGUUUAAAAAAUGUUGUGGCUUUGUUUAGUAGUAAGCUUGGCUAUUUUUGGAAGUGUAUCUUCAGCAGAAGAGGUGGAUCUUGAUGAUUUAAAGUGCAACCUAAAAAUAUGUGGAGCUGAACUACUUAGUUUUGAAUCUUUUAGUUUUGCUAAGCUAUUCAGGAAGCUAGAAGUUGCCAAUUUCUGUGUGAAGAACUGCACUCCACCAGUAGUUCACGAAUUCUACCAAGGAAUCAUUUUCGCCAUAACAAAGAGAAUUCCCGGACACUGCUCUGGAACCCAAUGUGUAGAUAAGAACCGAUUCGUGGCUCUCGCUCAGUGUGUCCAUGAUCAACUGAUUCACUUGAUUAUGUGCAGCAAGCGUCUGAUUGAUCUGGCUCACGUUGGAUUAACCCUGCAUCUUACAGACGCUAAGAGAAAUACUACUUGCAGCAUCGUCACCGAGACCACCCAAUGCUUCGAAGAGACUCUGCAGUAUUGUGGCGAAAAGCCAUUCCAGCUGACGAAAGAGAUCUUCUUCGAUGUCGUGCGAGUAGGCAUCAACGCCUAUUGCCACCCUGCUUACAGCAAGGAAGGACUCAUCAUCAAGAGGACAACAGUAGAUCCUAACGAACCGACAGAAGUGACCUAUCCAUCUGGUUUCGAGCCGGAGCCACACCCCAAAUUCGUGAAAGGAUACAGGAAAGGUGCUGCUGGCCCGCAUUCAACAGUGUCCUUCGUUUGCCUUCUUGGAAGUUUGAUCAUCGCGUUUAGUAUCAGUAGAUUGUUUUAGGGCAAGAGUGAAAAUCUAAAGAACUUCUUUUCUAUAUUUUCUGUUAUGAAUCAAAGUUUCUGUUUGAUUCUUUUAAGACUCAAGUGUUUAUUUGUGACCCGUUAACGACAACGUUAAUAGUUUUUUGGAAAACUUUCCAAAGUCAUUGCUUUUACGCUGCCGUGGGCAGGUAAACGACAGUAUCCUUGCAGAAAUAAAUUUUCGAGACAUUAAUUUGAAGAUACGCGUUUUGGAUUCAAUACUAACAAUGGGAAAAUGUUGGAAUUAGACGCAUUUUUCGUUCUUUCUUUCAGCGAAACCCAAACAAACAAGCUUGUACAAAUGCUAACGUACAAUAGAUGACAAAAAUGCGAAACAUGAAAACUGAAAAAUUCGCAGUUCGGCCCUUUACCUGCCCACGGUAGUACACUUCUGUAUACUAUUCUACCAUAGUUUCGUUUUGUUGCAAUUAUAUCAAUAAUUUUAUCAUCAUGAAUCAAAGCUUUUGUUUGACACCUUUAAGAUUAAAGUUGUAAAGAUGUUAAUUUGUAACAAUAUUAUUCUCAUAUAAAUGGCAAAGUUACCAUUUUUUCGUGAGAAGGCAUUGUCUAAAUAGGUCAUAAUAUUGAUAUUGCUAGGUAUGACUGCUACCUAUAAUCAAAUGAUUAUCUUUAGUUAUGAAUCAAAGCUUCUCUUUGAUUCUAUUACGACUAAUGGCUUCUAGUUUUAACACGAUGAUUCUCAUUUAAGUGACAACAUAUAUACUUUUCUGAAGAGCAAAUCCAAAUAGGUCAUAGUAUUGACAGUGUUAUCGUUCCAUAGUUUAGCUUUUUACAAUCAAAACAGUAUUUUUUGUAACGAAUCGAAGCUUAUGUUUAACUCCUUGAACGCUAAAGAUGUUAUAUUCAGUAAAUUACCGUCCAUUAG